CGCAUCAUUCCCAUUUGAAGACUUGAAGCAAAGAAAGGAAAAGUUGGGUUUUUUCAAAAGACAUGGCCAUCAAGAUUCUUGUUCUUGGUCAUGGCCGCCCGUCUGCUUGUUUGGUUGGUCAUCGAUUUUGACAACUAGGCAACGGCAGGCCAUCUAUAUAAACCCGCUGCCACUCCUCAUUAUUAUUCCUUCAACCUCUCGACAAACACAAUCACAGCCAUGGCUAUUGGAACUUUGGAGGUGAAAUUGGUAAACGCAAAAGGACUUCGAGGCACAGAUUUUCUGGGUGGAAUUGACCCCUAUGUUCUGAUUCAGUAUAAAGGCCAAGAACGCAAGAGCAGUGUUGCCAGAAAUGAAGGAGGAGGUCCAGUAUGGAAUGAGAAAUUUACUUUCAGAGCAGAGUACCCCGGAAGCGGCGACGACUUCAAGAUCAUCCUCAAGAUCAUGGACCAUGACACCUUCUCCGCUGAUGAUUUUAUUGGCCAAACCUCGAUAUAUGUCGAAGAUUUAUUAGCUCUUGGAGUCGAAAAUGGCGUGUCUGAGUUACGACCUCAAAAGUAUAGCGUAGUGGGAGACAAUCUCAACUACUCCGGAGAAAUUCAAGUUGGAGUGACCUUCACUCAGAAGGAAACUGAAUAUGAUGGAGAAGAAGUGGGAGGAUGGAAGCAAAGUGAAUACUAAGAUGGCUUCUUUAGCUUCACUGAUGAAUGUAUGGACAGUUUUUCUUUAAAUCUGCCCCCCAUUUGAAGCCUGUAAGGGGGGAUUUUUUUCUGUGCUUCUGUAUCUUCAUAUUUCAAAUGUAUAAUUCUGCUUAUAGAUUGAACCUACACAAUUAUGGUCUUUUAUAGAGCUGGUUUUCUUGGGAAUGUGUUA